CAGAUUGACUAUGCUGUACUGAAUCUGACUGAUAAAAAAAAUUCGCAAAUUACAGUUUUGAUGGAUUGUGACGGUCUAUCUCCAUUUAGAUUUCCCAUGAAUAUGAUGAGAUCAUGUUCUAUUCUUGUACAAGAUCAUUAUCCUAAUCGAUUAGGAACAUUGUUCAUAUUAAGACUACCUCCUGUUGUCCAAGUUCUCGCUCAAACUUUUCUUCAGAUUCUCCGUCCGACCACGCGCGAAAAAGUUCGAAUUCUCGGCAACAAGAACCACAAAAUUCUCUCGGAACUACUCAAAACAUUACCAGCAUUCCUCGGAACCGAUUGCGACUGCUCGAGCUGCAAACAUCUGUCAACGAACAACCCCUCUAAUCUCAUUUGCGAGAUCGGCGAAGGUGAGUCCAGUGGAAGUAUGGAUUAUGAUGAUGUAGAUGCAAAUGAUUUCAUUUCCUCUGAACUUCCAUUCCUCAGAAGUUGUGAUCAUGUUCUAAGAACUGCCAUUAUAGCCAUACUCAUGAUGUGGAUUCUGAUUGCCUUUUUCUCUGCAAUGCAUAACACAGAUACUCUUUCCUCCUUAUCAUAGUUAACAGAGAUUUAUUAUUGUUAUAUUGAAGGAUUAGCUGCAUUAAUUAAUAGUAAUUAUGUAAUUAUGGUUAUUGUAACACUGUUGAUUUUGGAGAAAUUUUAAGUCUUGUCAAGUCUGUUACUGUUAA